UCUACCCGUCGCUCGAUGGGAAUUGAGCUCCAAGGAGGCCCGCGUGGCUUGUCCACCAUGGGGGCUGCACCUAGGACACGUGCCCUUGGGGGCCAUGGGCCCCUACUGCGAGUCGGCAAUCGAGCAAUGGACACGUGCGUCGCUUCUAGCCUGGAUUCUAACUUAGAGGCAUUCAGUCAUAAUCCAGCGCACGGUAGCUUCGUGCCACUGGCUUUUCAACCAAGCGUGAUGACCAAUUGUGUGAAUCAACGAUUCCUCUCAUACUAGGUUGAAUUACUAUCGUGACGCCACCAUCAGUAGGGUAAAACUAACCUGUCUCACGACGGUUUAAACCCAGCUCACGUUCCCUAUGGUGGGUGAACAAUCCAACACUUGGUGAAUUUUGCUUCACAAAGAUAGGAAGAGUCGGCAU